AUUCUUCUUCUUGUUGAGAAAUCAAAAUUCUCUAUUCUCAUUGUUCUUCUUCGAGAAACGAAAGCCAAAAAAAAACAAAAUCUAUCAUCUAAUUCUUUUUUUCGUACAUGAUACAGUUCUCUUCUAAAUACAGAGAGAAUCGAUCGCCGAUGAUGAUCCAUGCAUGUAAGAAUCGAAAUUGAAGUAAGCCGUGUGAGUUCAUCAUCUCAGUUUCGUGAUUGAAUGAUCUUCAACAUCUUCUCUGUCCUUAGCCAAUCGGGAAUGACGAAGAAAGAUGAUAAGAAGAGAUCGGGGCAGGGAAAUCGAGGAGCAGAUUCAGAAGUCUAAUUCGAUGGCUUAAAUUAGCGACUACCCAAAGAGAAUCAUCAAUCAUUCGCCAGAGAGGAUGAACAAAGAUCAAAACCAGAAGAAACAUAAAAAUCUCAGGGUUUCGUCGAAGAGGAUGGUUGAUCGGACGCUAGGAUUUGAGAAGCAAUGGCUAAUCGAAUAGAUCAUGAGUACGAUUACUUGUUCAAGAUCGUCCUGAUCGGCGAUUCCGGUGUUGGUAAAUCCAACAUUCUCUCUCGAUUCACCAGAAAUGAGUUCUGUCUCGAAUCCAAAUCCACCAUUGGCGUCGAAUUCGCCACCCGUACUCUACAGGUUGAAGGCAAAACAGUGAAGGCUCAGAUUUGGGACACUGCAGGUCAGGAGCGUUAUCGAGCAAUCACAAGUGCUUACUACAGAGGAGCUGUUGGAGCUCUUCUUGUCUACGACAUAACCAAAAGGCAAACUUUUGAGAAUGUCCUGAGAUGGUUACGUGAGCUUAGGGAUCAUGCUGAUUCCAACAUUGUUAUCAUGAUGGCUGGAAACAAAUCAGAUCUUAAUCACUUGAGAUCUGUUGCUGAUGAAGAUGGUCGCUCUCUUGCCGAGAAGGAAGGUUUGUCGUUUCUCGAGACAUCUGCUUUAGAAGCAACUAACAUUGAGAAAGCGUUUCAGACUAUUUUAUCUGAGAUUUAUCAUAUCAUAAGCAAGAAAGCUUUAGCUGCACAAGAAGCUGCAGAUCCAUCUAUGGCUUCCCUCGUCGAAUCUGGUUGGCAGUACCUUGUGACACAUUUUAGCGACUUCCAACUGGCCUGCAUUGGGAGUUUUCUCCUCCAUGAGAGCGUGUUUUUCUUAUCUGGACUCCCUUUCAUUUAUCUUGAAAGGCAAGGCUUUCUCAGCAAGUACAAAAUUCAGACAAAAAACAACACACCUGCAGCCCAAGGAAAAUGUAUUACUCGCCUGUUGCUUUAUCAUUUCUGCGUAAACUUGCCCCUGAUGAUGGCCUCCUAUCCUGUCUUCAGAGCCAUGGGAAUGCGAAGCAGUUUUCCUCUACCGUCCUGGAAAGAAGUGUCUGCCCAGAUAUUAUUCUACUUCAUCAUUGAGGAUUUUGUCUUCUAUUGGGGUCAUCGGAUCUUGCAUUCAAAAUGGCUGUAUAAGAACGUGCACAGUGUGCAUCAUGAAUAUGCCACACCAUUUGGUUUGACAUCAGAAUAUGCUCACCCCGCUGAGAUUCUAUUCCUGGGUUUUGCUACCAUAGUCGGUCCAGCUCUUACUGGCCCUCACCUGAUUACUCUCUGGUUAUGGAUGGUGCUGAGAGUGCUUGAGACAGUUGAGGCACAUUGUGGUUAUCAUUUCCCAUGGAGCCUCUCAAAUUUUCUUCCUCUGUAUGGAGGUGCUGACUUCCAUGACUACCAUCACCGACUGCUAUACACAAAGUCUGGAAACUACUCUUCAACUUUUGUGUAUAUGGACUGGAUCUUUGGUACUGACAAGGGCUACAGAAGACUGAAGACCCUUAAAGAAAACGGUGACAUGAAACAAACGUGAAAUUACCAGUUUGGAUUGCAGAGUACAUUUGUCUUAGAGAGGUCUUAUUCUGCAACCUCUCCUUUUCUAUAACAUUUUGCUUUCAGGUUGGUGUUCUGUCAUGUGUCUUAGUUUAUUAUGUCUGACUAGAAUUGCUACUCGUGUGGCAUAUUUGAACAAACAUUUCCUACUUCA